AUGGCUGAAGAUCAACCACGGAGGGUUACUCUUGAAGAUUAUUCUAGCUCAACCGUGCCACAAUUCUUCACAAUCAUUGCGCGGCCGGAAGUUCAAGCUCACAACAUCACUUAUCCUCAUUCCUUGAUUCAGCUGAUUCAAGGAAAUUUGUUUCAUGGAUUGCCAAAUGAAGACCCUUACACACACUUGGCUACUUAUAUUGAGAUUUGCAACACAGUAAAGAUUGCCAGUGUGCCAGAAGAUGCAAUGAGGCUCAAUGGUUUGAGACCACAGUCCAAGAAGUUAUUGGAUGCUUUUGCUAGAGGAAAGAUUAAAUUGAAGACCCCUGAAAAAGCUAUGGGGCUUAUUGAGAAUAUGGCUGCUAGUGAUCAUGCUAUUUUACAUGAUCAGACUCAUAUUCCUACAAAGAGAAGCCUAUUAGAGCUUUCCUCACAAGAUGCACUAUGGCACAGAACAAGUUGCUAG